CUCCAUAGAUAUAAGAUCAUUUGAUAUUUAUUUUGCCUAGUUUGUAGCACAGGCAGAUCUCUGAGCUAGUCAUCCACGAUGUGGGAAUUCCGUUCCAUGGCGUUUUGGCGGGCGGUUUUCGCCGAGUUUUUCGCCACAAUGUUCUUCGUGUUUUUUGGUUUGGGCGCGGCACUGCGCUGGGGUGCGGGCCCCAUGAACAUUCUACACGUCGCCUUCUGCUUUGGAUUGGCAGCUGCCACUCUGGUCCAGUCGGUGGGUCACAUUAGCGGUGGCCACCUCAACCCUGCCAUCACCUUUGCUUACCUGAUUGGCUCCCAGGUGUCCCUGUUCCGCGCUUUCUUCUACAUCGCUGCGCAGCUGCUGGGCGCUGUGGCCGGGGCGGCCGUGCUGUAUGGAGUUACACCCUACAACGUGCGCGGGAACCUGGCUCUCAAUACGCUGCACGGCGGGGUCAGUCUCGGCCAGGCCACCACAGUGGAGGUGUUCUUGACCUUGCAGCUUGUUGUGUGCGUCUUCGCUGUGACCGACGAGAGGAGGAACAGCCGCAUGGGCUCUGCUGCGCUGGCCAUUGGCUUCUCCGUCACUCUGGGGCAUCUGCUGGGGAUGUACUACACUGGGGCUGGAAUGAACCCUGCCAGGUCCUUCGCUCCAGCUGUGCUUGUCAGGAAUUUCAUCAACCACUGGGUGUACUGGGUGGGCCCGCUCAUAGGGGGCGCUCUGGGGGCUCUGAUCUAUGACUUCCUGCUGUUCCCCCGGAUGAGGGGUCUUUCAGAGAGACUGGCCGUGCUCAAGGGGAGUCGCCCCCCAGAGGGUGAGGGGCAGCAGGACACCCGAGGGGACCCCAUCGAGCUGAAGACCCAAGCCCUAUAAACACGGUCUGCCCUGCCCCCUCCCCCCCCUCCACACUGGACAGACUGGAGAGGCUAAACCUGAAGACACACGCACGGCCUCCCCUUCGGAACACUGUAGAGUAUUGAAAUAGUGAUUCACAAGUUCAUGUAGGUUUUCUGGCAUAUUUCCUUCGUUCUGAAGCGUGUAAAUACGGCUACCAGUGCAAAUAAAAUCAGGUCAAUAAAAUAUGCAACUGCUUGGAAUAAGUGGAAUUAGAGAAAAUCUGUCCCUUUUGCAUCCUGCUAUCGAAUAUUCCUCCGAGCUGUCGUGUGCCGACAAUACAUCAAUACAUGGACAUUGAACCUAAUGUCAUAUCUGUACAGUACACUCAAAGGAUGAUCUUUUGCUAUAAUAGAUCAGGAAUGUUGAUUUUCAAACCACGACAGUAAUAUAGACCUUCAUAUGAAUAUAAAUAGAUAUAGUUUGUGCUGAAAAAAAAAGCGAUCUUUUUUCUCUUCUCUUUCAUGCUCUUGUGCACCCUGUAACAGCAGUUCUAGUGGUUGGAAAGUAGAUCCGGCUGGGAAGAACUAGGUCCGUGAUGCUCUUUUUUUUUUGUUUGAAGGACCGAAUGAGUGGCGGUGCUGUGGCUUCAGGCUUCUCUCCCGCUGAGGAGAGCCGAGUUUGUGUCUCACAGGUCAGGGAAUUGUCCUGUGAGAAGGGGUGGAGAGGGGGGUGGGUUUAUUUCAAUCUUCCGUGUCUUCAUCUGAAGACAGUAUAUCUCACGUCCCGAACUCCUUCCCCCAAAAAAUGUACUUUAAUAUUCAACCUUUUUUGGAUUGAUUUUGAAGUGAAUCACCAGAACUCCGUAUUCAAGACCCUUCAGUUAUGUCACAGUUUGUGGAAGGGGUUCACACGUUAUCUCCUGGCUCAAGGCCUCAACUCUAAGCACUAGGCCACACCAAUGUUUGUUGAAAUGCUGGUAUAGGGGAUUUUGAGGCUGGGUGAGAGGGAAGUUACCAAAACUCCCCUUUCUGUAAAUAUUGGGCUACACCACCCCCAAGUCGCAGAU